AAGGCAAUUAAGAGAGAGAGAGAGAAAGAGAGAACUAUAGUUGAUUGUAAUUUCCGCUUAGGUUACGUCAUUGUGGCGUUGAGCAUAGCGAUUCGCGUUCUAUUUGCAAGAUAGCCGAAGAAGAAGAUCAUCGAUAGCAGCGAUCAAUGGCAAGAAGCAAGGGAAGGAUUUGAUUUAAAGGGGAUUUCAGAUUGCGCAAGCGUUUCAAGGGUUUGGAAAUCAAUACACCGUGUGUUUGGUACUUCCGUUUUUGUCUUUACCCCCAAACAAUCUAGGGUUUAGUUUUUCAGAUACUUAACGCAUGAAGGGUCCACCGGAUCGAACAAAGGUUGUGGUACGGCAUUUGCCGCCGACGAUUACGCAGGACAAGUUUAUGGAGCAGGUCGACGGUCGCUUUGCCGGCCGCUACAACUCGAUUUCAUUCUUCCCCGGCAAAAACAGCCAGACACAUCAGUCAGAUUCUAGAGCUUACAUGGACUUUAAGAAGGCAGAUGAUGUUAUUGAUUUUGCUGACUUCUUUAAUGGGCAUAUUUUUGUUAAUGAGAAAGGAACCCAGUUUAAGAGUAUAGUUGAGUAUGCACCAUCUCAACGUCUGCCGAAGCAGUGGUCUAAGAAAGAUGGGCGUGAAGGAUCAAUAUAUAAAGAUCCUGAGUUUCUGGAGUUCCUUGAAUUUAUUGCAAAGCCUGUUGAGAAUCUUCCAAGUGCUGAGAUACAGUUGGAGCGAAGAGAGGCAGAACGAAGUGGUGCUGCAAAGGAUUCUCCUAUUAUCACUCCUCUAAUGAACUUUAUACGUCAGAGAAGGGCUGCCAAGAGUGGAAAUCGGCGAUCUUUGCCAAAUGGAAAACUGCACAGGAAAGCUGCUGGGCCUUCUUCAGCUCCAUCAAGAAGGAGUUCUGACAGGAAAAAGACUUCUACAAGCAUGUAUGUGCAAAAGGAUACUGCAAAGAGCACAGGCAGGAAAGAUAAACCAACAUACAUCCUGCUUCCUAAACGAGAUGAUCAGGUGCAGCCGAACAAGGCUGCCAUAAAAGUUACUGCUUCUGGAGCUGAAAUUUCUGAAGGACAAAGCGGAACUCUUGGGACUGGUGAUACUGGGAAGAGAAAGAUCCUUCUGUUGAAGGGAAAAGAAAAAGAGAUUCCUCAUAGUAAUACAUCUCCAGCUAAAGAUUCGUUUGGGUCAACUGCUGUGAAAUCAAACUUGCAAAGUGAAGCAGGUGGGAGGAUAAUAAGAAGCAUACUCUUAAACAAAGAUGCCAGGACAAACACUCUAAGUCAGUCGCCUUCUCAUGUCCAACCUGAUCAACAUACCCAAGACUCUAGCGUGGAUAGGGAUAAAAGACCCCCUAGACCACCUUACAUACAGUCAUCUAUAAAAGAUACACGUGAAGGGAAGGUCUUCAUUAAUGAUUUGCAUGGUUUCCCUAACGAAAAGCAAGGCAAACGGAUAAGAAACCGCGAAAGACCUGAUCGUGGCGUUUGGACUCCUCUUCGACGUUCAGAUGGAUCACAUGCUAGUGAUGAAUCUCUUUCGCCUACCACUACUACUCAAUCAACUCAUUUGCAGUCAGAGUUUAAUGAAGGAUAUCAAGGGGAAGUUAAAACAGAUGUAUCAAGGGGGGUUGAAGAGGGGAAAUCUGUUGGAAGUGGAAACCGUGGUCGUUCUAUGCUUGAUAAUGGUUCCAUUAAACACAUUGGUCGGCGGGGUAUGCUACGUAAUGUUAAAGAUGCAGAUGCCCCUAUCGGGAUUGAAGGGAAGCUUUUGAAACGAGGUCUUGCUUAUGGUUCCCAUGAGAAACAAGCAUGGGUUCAAAAGUCAGGUUCAGGUUCCUAGUGUUGUUUGAACUUUGCAACAAAAAGUUGGUUUUCCAUGAUUUUGGAGUGUACAUCUUCCAGCAACAGCAGAGGUUCUAUAACUGGAUUCUACAACCCUGAAUUGAAGCAUUUUCAGGGUUUAUUGAGGCAUUUUCAGUUUGCAGGAAUGAUGAUGCAGUGAUUUGUGUUACUUACUCUUUUAAAUAAGAUAUACAAUACAGAUCAGAUCCUACCUCGAAUGAAUGUCGGCAUGGUGGUGGAGUGUACUACGUAAAAAGUCAUGGACAAAGAAGAAGAUGUUGGAUUUACGGUGAAGGGGGUUCUUCAGAUCACAAAAUACUCAGUUGAGUUCAAACUAUGGAUGUUCUCAAACUUCUUGCCAUUGAUGGGCUCAGCUGGUUAUGAUGAUGAAGAUACAUACAUUGGUUUCGUUUAGAGGCGUUUUUUUGCUUUAUUUUUUUUGUUGAGAACUGUGAAUACUAAAGCUGAAAUUCCUCCUCUUCCUGGUAUUCACUUUUGAAUUGAACUAUUAUUGUGUUUAAAUAUAUGGAGGGGGUUUUGGCCUUUUGAACUCAAACUUGACCUAAGAGAAGCCAUAGUAACUUUGUAAUGAAUAUGGUAACCCAAAAACCUUCUUGGAUUUAGUGUUUUGGUGAAAACUGAUUUUACCCUUUUGUUGGUUGGUAUGAUUUGUUUUGUGUCCA